CUCGCGGCGGGCCGGGCCCCCGGGGAUGCUCGCGCCGCCGCGGCUGCUGCUGCUGCUGCUCGCGCCGCUGCUGGUGGGCGCGGGGCCGGGCGCGCCGGCCGAGCUGCGGGUCCGCGUGCGGCUGCCCGACGGCCAGGUCACCGACGAGAGCCUGCAGGCCGACAGCGACGCCGACAGCAUCGGCCUCGAGCUGCGCAAGCCCGACGGCACCCUGGUCUCCUUCACCGCCGACUUCAAGAAGGAUGUGAAGAUUUUCCGAGCCCUGAUCCUGGGGGAGCUGGAGAAGGGGCAGAGUCAGUUCCAGGCACUCUGCUUUGUCACCCGGCUGCACCACAAUGAGAUCAUCCCCAGUGAGGCCAUGGCUAAGCUUCGACAGAAGAAUCCACGGGCAGUGCGGCAGGCCGAGGAGGUGCGGGGCCUGGAGCACCUGCACAUGGACGUCGCCGUCAACUUCAGCCAGGGGGGCCUGCUGAGCCCCCACCUCCGCAAUGUGUGCGCCGAGGCCGCAGAUACCAUCUACACCCGCCAGGAGGACGUCCGGUUCUGGCUGGAGCAAGGUGUGGACAGCUCCGUGUUUGAGCCUCUGCCCGAGGCCUCCGAGCAGAUGCUGCUGCCGCGCUGCGGGCAGGUGGCAGACGGCGGAAGGCCCUGCGUGUGCCGCUACGGCCUGAGCCUGGCCUGGUACCCCUGCAUGCUCAAGUACUGCCACAGCCGCGACCGACCCACCCCCUACAAGUGCGGCAUCCGUAGCUGCCAGAAGAACUACAGUUUUGACUUCUACGUGCCCCAGCGGCAGCUGUGCCUCUGGGAUGAGGACCCCUAGCUGGGCUGGGCGAAGGGGGUGGUCUCUGAGGUAGCUGCUCUGGGCCCACCGCUCUUCCCCCAGCCACUGGUGGGGGGCAGCCCCCCAACUGAGGCCUUACUUCCCUUCUCCCUUGACCCCGGAGCCUCUGGCCCCAUCGUGCAAGACUGUGAAAAGGGGUGUGGCAGGGCAAGGGUUAACUCAUGAAGGCAGCCCCCACUCCCACCCUGUGCCUCCCUUGGGGACAGGGAGGGGGGUUCUCCAGACUCGCCCCGCCUCCCCUUAAUCUCCCCCGAAGUGUUCUCUCUCAAGCAACCAAAAUGUGAUGGCCCGUGAUUCUAUUUAACUCUGAAGGUUUAGAUGCUAAAAGGUUUAGUCGGUGUCGGUGCCUGUGACACCGCCCUCCCCACACACACACCCCCACUCGCCCAUCUGGAAGGAGCUGGCCCCUCUGCACCAUCAAAUGCCCAACAAUGAGGGGAUCCCUGCCCCGGAGAGAGGGGGCUGUCGGGGAUCACUGCCAGGGCCCCUGCACCAGAUCACAACGCAUUCCUGUCCUCCCGGCCCCCAAGGGCGGGACAGGUGAGGACCUCCCAGCCCCCACACAAACCACACGUGCCUUUCCCCAGACCCAGACUCUGCGGGGAGACCAGGCGCCCGCGUUUCCCCCCAAUCAACGGAAAUAUUUUUGUAAAGGUUCUGGGGGCAGCGAGGAAGCAUAGAGUAUGAGGAAAACUUGAAUUCCAGAUUUUUAAUGCAAAGUAUUUAUCAUUUGUACCAGAAAUAAAAUUUUAAAUUUUUAUUUGACUGACA